AUCAACGACUGUAUCUACACGCAAGCGUACAAGGGCAAGUGGUACAAAUCUUCCCGCCGGGCCUGUCCGAACAUGGAUCUGCGUGAAGACGAGGGCGAUACGAUCACCAGGGGGCCGCGAAAGAGAGUCAGCCGAAAGCGGGGCAUUGCGAUUGUUGACGAUGAUGAGACGCUGAAUGGAAGCCCGAUGUCUGGCUUCUCGAAUCCUGGGCCAACAGGGAUGGCUCCAGUGACCGACACGCGCAAACGAACUCGCAGAGACGCGCUGGUCCAUAUGAUCGAGGACGAUGUGCCUUUGUCGGUGCCACUUGACCGCCAACUCGCAUCUAGCACCCACGAAUGUAUGCAGUCGCCUUGGUCUGGCUACAUGGAAGACGAAGAGAUGUCAAACCCAAUCAUUGCGGAUGCUAGUUUGGAAUCAACCCCGCCACGCAACUAUGGUCCAAAAACUCCGCUUGGUGCAUCGGUGGCUAUUAAUCAAGUGCGGCCUCAUUUCGAUACCAUGCAACAGCACAUCCUGGACAGUUUCUGCGCGCGGGAUUUGGGGACUCGCUGUCGGUGCGGGAAGGCUGAGGCUGGCGACACGUGUGUUCGUUGUCGUGACUGCUUCAAGGCGCCCCUGCUAUGCGACUCAUGCUUGGUUUCGUCCCAUGUCAACAAUCCCUUUCACGUCGUAGAGCGCUGGACGGGGACUCAUUUCGAACGCACCUCCUUGCAGGAUUGCGGCAUGGUGAUAUUCCUGUGCCUCAACAGUGCGGGCGAACGGUGUCCACAAGUUACCGAGAGAUCUGCCCGACGCACCAACACGGUUGUUGUGGGAGACAUCGCCGGUUUCCAAACCAUCACGAUGGAGUUCUGCAGCUGCGUUGCUGCAGGUAGCAGUGUAGUGAGCAACGACUGGCAGCAGCUGAUGGCCCUGCAUCUGUAUCCCGCUACACGAACCUCGAUCAAGACCGUCUUUACGUGGCGAGUCCUCAAGCAAUUCCAUAUCCACUCUUUGACCUCGAAAAAAUCGGCAUAUGACUACGUCGGUGCUCUACGAAAGCUAACAGAUAAUGUCUCGCCUUCCACUGUGCCGGACCGCUAUCGUGAAUUCAAGCUUGCUCAUCGGAUAUGGCGCUUUCUGGCGCUGAAGAGACGAACUGGACAGGUGCAUGGCUUCGAUAAGUAUGUAACCAAUCGUCGGAAGGAGUCUCUGGCGGUCAGGUGCCCAGCUUGCCCCGAAGUAGGCUUCAAUAUGACUCAUGAAGCGAUGGUGGCAGCCUCCCCAAGUGAAAGGCACAAGUAUACGCUGUACCUAUCUGUUGACGGGAACUUCAAGUUGCAGCGUAAAAACAAACGGGAUGACCCUAAUGAUGUGGCUCUCAAUGACGGGAACGGCUACUUUGUGCACACGGCAACUUACAAUGAGUAUGUAAAGCAAGUGCGGCCUGUCGAUGAGACAAGCACUUGUUCUCAUUUGCGUGCAGCCCGGAUGCAGAACAUCGCCAAAUUCAAGAACGCGGUUAUCAGUGGCGUAGUCGGUGUUCAGUGUGCUCGCCAUGGCUUCUACAUGCCUCAAGGAAUGGUUGAUUUGAAGAAAGGCGAAGCAUUCAGUCUUACAGAUUAUGCUCUCGUGUUCGCCCUUGCAGAGGCGUGGACUUUACGCUGGGUCCUAGUAACGUAUGAUAUCUGGUGCCAGUACCACGUCAAUCUUCGAAAGCGAAUUGAGCAUUGGUUUCCUUCAAUGGCCUGGCUGUUCACGCUGGUAGUCUUGUCCGGAGCCAUUGGCAAAAUGCACAUCCUCAACCACCAGGCUGAGUUCGGAGAGAUGAUUGAAGCAGGCUGGGCUGAGCAUAAUCUAGCUGCGGGAAGCUCGAAGGAGGAGAACGAUGGGAAUCGUCAUGACUCUAUUGACGACAUCAGUGGUUCGUGGAAUUGGGACAAAACACCUGUAGCGUCGGCACUUCAACAUCUUAGUCGGGUCUGUCAUUCCGAGAAGCGUAUUCGAUCAGAUCACUUCGAAGAACUAAACAAGACAACGCCUGCAAAAAAGGUCUGUGAAUGGGAGGCGAUGGACGUUCAGCCACGUAUGGUGGAAGGGAAACUAGUCAGUGUUUUCCAGACCAAUUUCAACAAGGGCCCACCCACGCAUGCCGAUGCCUACGCCAGACUCCUUGCUAUCGAGGGAAAGAAGUCUUCUGACCUGGCAGCACUGCCUGCAAGUGAUCUGGCCCUGGUGACAAGUGCUUUGCUGCUGGAACGUGAUCAACAUCAUGUACGUCGCAUGAUCGCCACAAAGGCAGAAGAAGCGUUGGUUGAUGCUGGGCGCCUCCGUGUCUUCAAGUCCUUGUUGGACUUCCGGGCUCAAUAUGUGGCCCGAAUUCCGGUGUUGGCCUCGCACAUGAGGGAUGCGGAUGCAGAGAAGCCUGAGCUGGAAUCCUUGUUCCUGCCAUCAUGCUUCAGCCUCCCUGCACGCACAGACAUGCAGAUGAUGGCGUUGGCAAAUAUCGAGUACAACUUGCGUGAGGGCCAGGCAUUCGAUGCCUUGGCGGAAGUCAGAACGGCAAUCCAAACACUCAAUUACAAUAUUCAGCUAAAGAAGACACAGAUUCAUGGCAUUGGGGCAAAUACAAAAACGCAAAACUAUCUCAGAACCCUGAGCAACAAUAUCCAGAUUGGGGCGGACAAGUAUCGCCGGAGUCGAAAAGCCCUCAUCGAACUGGGUCUUCCUGUGGAUGAUGGGUCGCUGCGACCUCUGGAGAAAGAACAUCUGGUUGGCAAGAGCGGGAGGCAGGUCAGGAUUGGAGACGCCAAGACGCAUGAGUCGUGGAUUUGGACAACCGGUCGAGGGGCAAAUAUGGAUGAGAGCGAUGUGAAGGAAUGGGAAGCAGAGCUCCAGCGAGUGCAAUGGUUCCAGGCGCGGGUGCUGCGUGACAGGGCCAUUGAGGAGGGAGAGACUCUGCACGAAGAGUGGAAUCGCACCAUUGCCGCUUUCGAGAACUAUGCUGCUAUUUGGGUCAGUCUUGCUCAAGAGCAGACCCGUCCGGGAGGGAAGGCCUAUGGUUACAAACAAGCUGCAAUGUACACGAAGCUGGCAGAUGGGUGUAGGGAGGCUCGAGCAGCAUUAGAGGGUCUAUACAAUGCUGAUUUCAGAAGAGAGGAGGAGGAGAGAGUUCAGCACUGCGCACAGAUAGAGAAGAAGCGACAGUCCCGGGGUGAUGGAUUUGACGAAUACGAGGCAUACUACGAGACAAUCGAAAUCUUGCCGGUGUGA